CACACGCAGCAGAAUCCAUACUAGACUGAGCACUCCAAAAGGUGUGAGCAGGUGCUGGAUGCAGCCGCUCUAGGACGAGAAGAAGCAUACGAAGCAUAAGAUUCAGAAACUACAGGAGGGGGAAGGUUGACGUGAGAUCGGCUGUCUUGCUGCCUGAUGGUAAAGGUGCCCUGCUUUAACCAUUGCGACACGAAGAAAACUGACAUCAAAUCUGGCAAGCCGUACGCCAAAAGAGAUUUUGAUUGAGCAUGCACCUGGCUGUCUCUCGGCUAUUGAAGCAAAGCAGAAUCAGUCAAUUUGUACUCACUGGUGCUCACACCAUGUCAAGAGCAGUCUUCAUGCAAAGCCAGGGAAUCCAGGCAGCAGCUUUUUAUGAGGCAGCAUUGUACAGAAAAUCUGAGUUCCUGAGGAGUAACCCAUUAAGCAAGCCCGCUUUGCAAUUUCCGGGCAGGGUUUGUCAGAGAGAGCUCUCACAAGGCCAGAGGUUGUCAUGCUGCCAUGUACUUACACAGGGGUUAUGGGUAUCGCACCACCCCAAGACUACAGAAUGCAGAACUGCCCUAAGCUUUGGCAGCUCAGCCAAAACCUUCCAUCACCUAGCAAGAACAUGGAGGGCCAGUGCCAGUCCUCACCAGGCUGGCAGCAAUCUGGUCAUAGGCCCAGAACCUAUCCUGAAAGAGCAGGCGCCUGCGCGUGCUGACUCGAGUACCUGGACUCCUGAUGAGGAGUGGGACGACAUGCUGCAGCCGCGGCAAGGCAGGCUGCUCCUGGUGGACGGCAUGGCGGUCGCAUAUCGAGCGUACUUCAAGAUAGGGGCGAAACUAGUGUGGAACGAGACGCGUCACGCCAGCCAGGAGUACCCCGAGGCGGAGGAGAUUCUUACUACACUAACGUUCGUGUCCAACCUGGUGACGCUGCUCAACCUGGUGCCUACUCACGUUGGGGUGGUGUUUGAUGCGGGGGGCAAGAACUUCCGCCACGAGCUGUUCCCCCAAUACAAGCAGCACCGCGCGGCUAUGCCCGACACGCUUAGAAACUCCAUGGGCUUAAUAAAGUCAUCUGUUCGCGGGUUGGGCCUCACCAUCAUUGAGAGACACGGCGUUGAGGCAGAUGACGUCAUUGCAAGCCUCGCAAUGAGGGGUGUGAAAGCCGGCAUGGAAGUGCGAGUCGCGUCCCCUGACAAGGAUUUCUUCCAGAUCCUGGGGCCCAAUCUGAGGCUUCUCCGGCCUCGGCCCAAAGGAAUAGGGAUCGACUCCUUUGGCUUGGAGGAGUUCGAGGCCAAAUUCGAGGGCUUGCGCGUAGACCAGUUUGCAGACAUGCAAGCGCUGAUGGGCGACCAGGCCGACAACAUCCCGGGGGUGUUCGGCAUUGGGCCCAAAACAGCGUCCAACCUGCUCAAGAAGUACGGUACUCUAGAUGUCAUCAUUGCUAAACGCGAGAGUGUGAUGCCUCAGAGGGUACGCACCGCUCUCUGCAACGAGUAUGAGCUGCUGCCGGCGUUCAAGCGGCUGGUGGUGUUGCGAACGGAACUGGACGACUUGCACACCGGCCACCUGGAGGCCAUGGAGUUCGGAGUUCCCUCGGAUGUGGAAGCUGCCACUAACUUCUUGGACGCUCUGGCUGCGAACGUGCAAAACGGAGACGUGGAGGCCCGUUCUAUCAAAAACCGGAUCGAACAGAUUUGGAAUGCGUUGGAUAUGCGAAGGCGAGCGCGCAUUAGCAGGUGACACGAAGGUAUUUUACAAAGGCUUCUAGAAUGGCCGUCAAGAAUGAUAGAGAGAAAACGUGCUCGCUUUGGCGAGAAGAGUUUCUAUAGUCGACGACCCGUUGCGCUUACCAUAUCGUAAUUGUCGCUGGACUACAACUGGUUGCAUGCGCAUGCCAGCUUCAUGUUAGCUAGACGUGAGAGCAGCACUCUAGGACAACAACGAAAGAGCGAAGGGCCGCAACUGCGACGCAAGUAAUGUUGGUAGUGAGAAUAGUGCAGGCUUCUUUGAACCCUCUGAUAAAAUUUGCAUCUGCUCUCGACACAGAUAAGUCUGCAUGUCAGUCUGCUUCAUGCAGUUUAUUUCGAGUUAGAGGGUGUAAAGUAGAGAGCAAGACGCCUGUCAAGCUUCAAACUAGGACGGGCACAAGUCCGGCCCCCGGACUUAAAGGAAGCUACUUACACGUACACCCGGCGGGUGCAUUUUGCAUGUGCGAU